AUGUCUCUCCCUCCGACCGACGGCGGCGACGAUUGGUUCCUCGACUGCGGCAUCCUCGAGGACCUCCCGGCCGCUGCCUGCGGCGCUUUCCCGUGGGACGCAUCCGUCUCCUCGUCCAAUCCAAGUGCGGAAGUAGGCAGCCAUGUGAACAAGUUAGAUCUCCCCAAGGAUUCCGGCAGCAAUAAACGCUUAAGGUCAGAGCCCUGUGGUAGGCCGACAUCUAAGGCUUGUAGGGAAAAAGUGAGAAGAGACAAGCUGAAUGACAGUGAUGCGACUCGCAUGGUUACUCAGCUUCGUGCUGAAGCGCAGCAGCUAAAGGAUACUAAUGGAAGUCUAGAAGACAAGAUUAAAGAGUUGAAGGCAGAGAAGGAUGAACUUCGUGAUGAGAAGCAGAAGCUGAAACUAGAGAAAGAGACAUUAGCGCACCAGAUGAAACUUUUGACGGCAACUCCAGCCUAUAUGCCUCAUCCUACUAUGAUGCCCUCCCCGUUCGCUCAGGCUCCGAUGGCUCCCUUCCAUGCACAGGGACAAGCUCUAGGACAGAAACUGAUGAUGCCCUUUGUUGGUUACCCAGGAUAUCCGAUGUGGCAGUUGAUGCCGCCCUCUGAAGUCGACACCUCAAAGGACAGCGAAGCAUGCCCGCCUGUUGCGUGA